AUGUAUGCUGUUACUGUGUUGUUAUUUGUUGUAAUAGGGGGUGGUUACUGCAAAGAUAUCAACGUGUUUUUGAGGGAUAAUGUCACAUUGGCUUGUCCUAAUGGUAAGUGGAAUCUUGGGCAAUAUUAUAUGUAGUAAUAUUUACUGUAAUAUCGUUGUAAAACCCUAUCUACGCAUAGUAAACUAAGGCAGUAAAGUAAAGUUACUAAAAUAUUUUUCAUACCUUAAUAUAUUUUAUUACCAAUUUCAGUACCAUCCAAUCUAGUACGAAAGGACAAUAUCCAAUUCGAGUUUACCGAGCUCUCAUCCCCACCAUCACUCACUCAUGACAUACUCAAGAUAACCGACCGGUCGAACAAGCAAACCCAGCUGAGGUUUCCAGGCUGUUACCGAGUUAAAAUGUCAUUUGAACUGACAAAACCAUUACAAGACCCUUAUAUAGAGACCUUCAUGCAAAUGGGAUCAGCUUCUCUACCUUGUCAUAAGAUCAGUGAGAUACCUCAAGAUAUGACUGACAAUGUGUGUACUAACAUCACGUCUAGUACUGAAUGGUGUCCUAGUAGUACAAAUGCUAGGCUUAGGAGCAUGAACAAAGGCAAAGAUGUUUGGUAGGUUUAUAUUUUCUACUGUGGGGUAGGAGUGACUAAAGUAAGAUAGGGUAGGGUGACUUAGAGCAGAGUAGGGAAGUUUAAGGACUGUUAUCAUAUUUAAAAACUAAAAUCUAAAUAUUUUAGUCGUUUCUGUAACCUCUGCAAGCAAGCUACAGAGCUCAAAAACGACCGUGCUUCUUCAAACGUGGCUAAAUUUGUGAAUCCAGAAGGCAAAACCUCUUCAAGUUGUUCAACCCAGAACCAACGUCAAGUCCUUCAGUUCAAGAUUUGUACUCCAGACAGAAAAGAAAUGAAUAACGCAAACGAAGAGGGUGACAGAGAGCUAGAGAAGUAUUGGGAGUACCUAAAACAAGGUGUCUUCACUAUAGUAGUGCAUGUGGUUGAUCGUGCUCAGCCAGUACCACGAGUACUGGAUAAGUGUACCAAAAUGUGUGAGACAUACGAACAUGACGACAGCUCAGUAUCGUACAAAAGAACGUUACAACGUACUAUUAGUCAGUUGUGCACGCCCAAGGAUGAGUAUAGUGCUUGUGUGUAUCAUACUAUGAAGUUUGAUGUUAUGGAAUAA